AUGUCAUAUAAUCUUGUUGUUCUUGGAGAUAUUAAUGUUGGAAAGACUGCACUCAUAAUUCAGACCUAUGACCCGACAAUUGUAAUUUCAUAUAAAAAACAAGCAGUAAUUGAUGGUCAACCCUGUGUAAUAUAUGUGCUGGAGACUGCAGGUCAAGGGGAGCACACACCACUUUGGGAUCAAUGGAUCAGAGAUGGAGAAGGAUUUCUUCUGGUGUACUCUGUAUCAUCACAUUCAACAUUUGAACAAGUAGAAAGGUUUAAAAAUCAAAUAGUAAGAAUAAAAGGCUCUAAUAAAAUUCCACUUAUACUUGUAGGAAAUAAAUCUGAUGAGCAUACAGAACAGGAGGUAUCAAGGGAAGAAGGAAUGAAUAUGGCAAAGAGACUUGGCUGUGAAUUUUUUGAAAGUUCGGCAAAAACACUUGUAAAUGUAGAAAGGCCAUUUUACACAGUGGUUCAAAUGAUAAAGCAAAAGGAGGAAAAAUGGUUUAAAAAUCAACUUAAAAGGGAAUGUAUUUUAUUUCUUGAUUAUAAAUACUUUCAAAAUAUUAAAAUUAUUGAUGGUGGAUCAUUCGGAAUAAUUUCUUGUGCAUCUUCAAAGCAUCAUCAAGGGCUUGUGGCAUUGAAAUCCAUUAAUAUUGACCAAAAAUAUACUUUUGAACAACUUCUUAAUGAGGCAAAACAACAUUGUAAAGUAGAACAUCACA